GAUCCGCAGCUCAUUUAGUCUCCUUGAAUCGAUCACCGGACUACAAACUGUGGCGGGAAUACAAACGAUUCCAUCCGUCAUUUCGGAAUAGUCCAUAUUCCGGGAAGAAAAAUCUUUGUUUCCUCAACUGUGCAAAAGGACUUCAUUUUGUGAUGUGUUGAAAGACAUUUUGCUGGAAGUGAAAGUGCUAGAGAAUCAAAAUAAUUCGAAACCGAAGAAUGCCUUCCGCUAAUAACGACAAACUUCUCGGGCCUUGGAGCCGUAGUGACAGCAGUGGCAGUAUGUUCCUGUCGAACAACAAUAACGCGGAUAAUUUGGUGAAAGCUUACGCGAGAACUGCUCCAACCAGUCCACGCUGGACUCCGGUAGGUUCCCGGCACAAUUCACCGCCUAUGCCGAGUUCGCCGUUGUCAUCCUCGCCACCAUCAACGCUGCGGAGAAAUUAUUCCAGUACAUUUAUGCUGAUUCCGGAGGAUCGCGCAGUAGAUCCUGUUUCGAUUGAUCCCAUGCCACUAAUCAACAACGGACGUGACCGUCGCGAGAAUCUCAGCAAUAAAUAUCGCGCUUCAAAUGGACGCAUUGUUUUACGCCUAAUUCUCUGGUGGCCUUUGUUAUUGAUUGCCAUUGCCCAAAGAAUUUUGGGAUUUCUGAUGCAGCUUUCAUGGCGACCAUUCCUGUUCGCUGCUCCUGCCUUCUGGCUUUCAGCAUGUCUAUGGAUGUUUUGGAAAAUUGUGGCCCUUCCACUGGCCUGUCUCAAGUGGGCCUUGGUUGCUUUGCACACACCAGCUCAUGAGCGGAAUCGCAAGAAACGCACAAUCUUAAUCAGCUGCGGAAGUACCAUACAAACGUUGCAUUUGGCUAGAAAUUUCUACAAGUCCGGGGCAAGAAUUGUGGUAUUCGAAUUCGAAGGGCUAUUCGGGCUGGCUAGGUUCUCAACGGCUGUGAGUAAAUUUUACACGAUUCAAAAACCAACACCGGACACAGCAAAUGAAUAUAUAGCAGCACUCUGCGAAAUCGUUGAAAAAGAACAACCGACGCAUUACAUUCCCGUCUGUGCAACCAGCGCCGCUCAUUACGAUGCGCUAGCGAAACCCCAUCUAGAGUUACGUGGCUGUUCAAGUUUCAUUCCGGGAGCACAGGAAACAUCCGUACUGGACGACAUACUACAAGUAAUGCAAAAGUGCGAAUUUAAUCAAAUUACGAUGCCACCUCAUCAAAUAGUUGCCUCAAAAGAAGAUCUACACCGCUUAUACGACAACGGUUGGCUGUCCGGUUAUCGAAAUGUAAUGAUUGCCUCCGGAUUUUUGGGAGUUUUGGAACGUGCCAAAUAUGUCCUUCCGAUGAACAGACGAGACUUGAAGCUGAAUUACGAGAUCAGCGACAUGCAGAAAUGGGUUGUAGUUCGGGAUGUGAUCGGUGCACAUUACGUAACCUGUACAACGGUCAAAGAUUCGCAGGUGGUUGCGAACGUAACCUGCGCUAUACAAAAUGACACCAGAAGUCUCGUCCCUGAGAGUAACGACGAUGUCGAAAAUUGGUUGAAAGAGUUCUUCCGAAAAAUCCGAUUACAGCGACCCCUGAAUGGUCACAUCAGCUUCCGAUUGGCCAAAUGUGCAUCAACCGGUGAGGUUCUUCCGCUGGGGAUCCGAGUUGGUGUAUCGCUGCCGUACAUCUGCUACACUGGAGUUCAUUCGCGAGUAAUCUGUAAACCAUGUCCGCAUUUCAACCGACAAAACUCUGGCCCUCUCGUUCAGGAUGGUGGCCGCUAUUGGAUCCAUGAAACGGUGAUGAACGCGAUUCGUCGUCCCAGCGCUGAUGCUGUACAGCAAUUGAUCGGCACCGUGAUCGACAAACGGGAAGCGCUGUUCGUCUACUGGGAUCCCCUGCCGUACUGCGCCUACUAUCACUUCCAACUGCCGUUCAACUCGGUGAAGAGCUUUCUGCACAAGAGACAGAGGGCGCGAACAUUACCACGUGCCGCCGCACCAGUGCAGUAGCCUAUCACGGUAUGGUGCAGUGAUUGCCAGAGUCGGUCAAAGUGCACCACCAGCCGCUGAUAAUCGAUGGAAGGUCGAUUUUGUUGAGUUGUUUUAAGAUCCUUUUUUUAAGUAUAGACAUGGAGAGAGAAGAAUCAGACUCGCGAAAACUGACAUGGGUGCAGAGAGUGACCGAGUUCGGAUGAGCGCGUGAGAGUAUUGCAGGGUAUGCCUUGGGAUCCGGAUUCUAAUUGAUUGAUAAUAUUUUGAUAGCAUUUGUACAGACAGUUUAGCCAUUAUCAAUUAGUACUACUUAGAGUAGGGAAACUUUAUAUACACGUUGUUGUUGCUGGGCAACGGAAUGCAUGAGUGUCUGAAUGUUAGGUAUAUAUGUCACAUCUAAGCAGCUACGAAAAGUACAAAGUGUCUUUUCCAAUUAUGUACAAAUAUGUUAAAUAAAAGUCUUUUUAAUAA